ACUGGUUAUGUAAUCAUGACCUCGUUUAUACGUGCUGCGCAGGAGCAUAACCAACAGCACCAACAACACUUCAACCAUUUCACUCAACAAUGGCGAAAAAAUUACACCUUCUGUAAAAAGCACCUGCUUUGUGCGACGUUUAAGGCAGAACUCAUCAUGUCUUCUAUAUUUUCUGGUGAAGCGUUUUCAUCAGCAACGAUCCAGAAGAUGCUAGAUGAAAACACUCAACUCAUCCAAGCUUUAAUUGACUACCAGAAUCAGGGGGAAUUGAAGAAAUGUGCGCAGUAUCAGCAGAUGCUUCACCGAAAUCUUGUUUAUCUUGCCACGGUGGCGGACUCAAACAUGAACCUACAAUCUAACUUACAAAACUCCAGUGGACAAGCGAUGCAGAUGCAGCAGCAGCAGCAGCAGCAAGGUAACAUGCCAGGGUCCAUGAACAAUGCAAUGGGUUUUAGACCUCCACAAAACAUGCAAGGCGGUAUGGCGCAAGGAAAUAUGCAGAUGUCAAAUAUGCCAGGAAAUUUACCGAAUGUUGGAGGUAACAUGCCAAAUAUGCAAAGUAAUAUGCCAAAUAUGGGAACAGGCAUGCCUAAUAUGCCUAACAUGCAAGGUAAUAUGGCAAGCAUGCAGAAGACUAUGCACAUGCAAGGUAACAUGGCGAACAUGCAGAAUGGAAUGCCCAACAUGUCCACCAGUAUGCCUAACAUGCAUGGUAUGCAAACCAUGCCAAAUAGUAUGCAAAGUAUGGCUAAUAUGCAAGGAAAUAUGCCAAACAUGCCCAUGAGCAUGGCUAAUAAUAUGCCGAUGGGACCGAAUGAUAUGAUGGGGUCAAUGCAGCAAAGUAUGCCUAAUAUGCCUGUGAGUAGUCAAAAUGAAAUGCAGAAUAGCAUGAUGAUGCAGCAGAGAUCUGCAAUGCCCGGGAUGCAGUUUGGUGGGAGCAUGCAGCCUAACCCUGGAGGAUUUUAACAUUCAAAUGCUGUGGUAGUUGUGUGCCUUUGCUGAAAAUAUCUUGUUUUUUGGAGGCUUCUAGCCAAUACAAAAUUUUAUAGAAUGCAGGGCUUGAUUUCCUUUCUUUUAUAACAUUGAUUUGAGGGUGUUGGAUGAAAUCAUCAUGUCAAUAAAUACCUGGCAGGUGCUGAAAAAGUGUAAAAUAAUUCUUAUAAAUAUACAAUUUAUCUUCUCAUUCUUUAAAGCCAUCAAAAAAGUUUAUUAAAUAUUUUGUUUAAUGUGUUGCUUGUAGUUUCAAGGAUUUGUAUAUGUUUUAUCAUAUAACAUCUCUUAUCUUCUUUUUUCAAUUUUGUGUUGCUUUAUUGUUAAAGAUUAAGUUUUUGAUAAAGGUAGUUUGAGUCCUACAAAUUCAUCAUUGCAGUUUAUUAGGUCAUGAAAGGUAUUGUUCAUUUUAUUUAUAUGAAAAUGCUCUUUGUUCAUUGUUCUUUAUUUAACUUCACCAUCCCUUUUCAUUCCCAAAUGUAUCAUUCCAUCAUAAGAAGCUUGUACAAGAUCCUUUAUAAAUAUUAUCCUGUUGAUGAAAUUAUCAUACAUGUUCCAAGAGAUUUUGGUUCAAGUUUUGAUUAAGUUAGAAUAAGCAGGUUUUAUGAUAAUAUACUAUGAUUUAAAUAACCAUAUAAGUAGUUAAAUGAAAAAAAAUUAUGAGAUGCUUAUAAAGUUCAGCAGAUUUAAGUUUAUUUCCAGGUAGUAGAGCAUUUACAUCUCCACCAAAUGUAUAAUACCUGUAAAAACAUUACAUUGAUAUCAUAAUAUGUUAUCAUAUAUCUUUAAUCAUGGCUUUGAAAAAAGCAAGCAUUUGUGUAUGCUUAAGCUUUUCAUGUGACACUUCAGAGUAUAAAACGUCAGAACAUAGAUCAAAACACUACUAUAGGUAAUAGCUAUACCCGGUUGUGGAUUGAAAUAGGCCAAUCAGAAACGCAAUCACAUUGACUGUUUAGGUUGCCCAAUAAGUGCCCUUUACCUAAGGUGAAAACGAAUUUCUUCUGUCUACCCAAUAGCGUUUUUUCAUGCUUUUGUAGAUAGAUCUCAAACGGCUAGAUGGAAUGAUAUGGCUUUACCAAUAGUCAGAAUCUGGCUUUACUGAUCUGGCAUUACCAUUAAUCCAAUAACAGCCUUUUUCAAUCCACAACUGGGUAUAUAUAUUUCCUAUCGUUGUGUUUUGAUCUAUGCUCUGACAUUUUAUACUCUGAAGAGUGUCAGACUCUGAAACUCUUCAGAAUACACUAAAAAAUGUUUGCUUUUUUCAACGCGAUUUUAAAAUUUGUUACCACAAAAAGUUUGUUUGCAUAUCUUUAAUUGUUAGGGUCUGUGGAUCACUAGAUUGAAGUAUUUAUUCACAUUGAAUUAAACUGUCUUUUGUCA